AUGACUUCAUAUGACGGCUAUAACUUCUUGUCACCUGCGAAAGUCAAGAUACUUUUGGUUCCUGUCAAUGACUGUACGGUUGUCAAUUUCAGACGAUUUGCCGCUCUUCUAAAGAACAAGGCAUGCGAGCUUUGGCUGAACUGGCUCGCCAGCCAGCCGGAGGAGAAACAGGCGCUGGAAUGGUGUGUUUUGCCCGAGUUUUUGGCGGAGCCAACAGACAAGAACCAAGUGUAUUUGCAUGAGUUUGAGCCGUUUCGCAAGGUGUUUGUUGUCAUUGGGAUUGGAAUAGGAACCGGGGACAGCGAGGCGUGCAACCAAGAGAAUAUCUCGCAGUUGAAAAAACUAUACUCGACAGCUAUUGUUCACGAUACCGUUUUCUUUGAGUGUCUGGAGCUGGCGAUUGAAGACCAGCUUCGACGAAUAUUUUCCGCUUUUAAAGCAUCGUUGCGCGAGUACGCCUCGGCGUAUUCGGCCAUCACGUUGAGAUCACCUGUGUCGAUAACCGAUAGUCAUGUUCUCACUAGGACGAUAACGCAAGCUCAAAAGCGACUAAGCGCGGGCUCGACGUCAUUUAGAGCUUCGUUCAAUGGAAGCUCGGGAGAUUCGCCCAAACCUAGCGCCGAGAAGCCCAGGGCUGCGGAAAAGGCCAAAACACAAUCAAAGUUUGCUGGCCGGCACUCAAAGCUCAUGGGCAAUUUCCACCUACUUGCGGGAGAGUAUAUCGAAGCCAUCACAAGCUUUACCGAGAGUCUCCUGUCAUUGAAGCGCCAUGAUGACUAUUUAUGGCUUGGAAGCGCCUUGGAAGGCUUGGCAGUGAGUGUUUUCCUUUUGGAAUCGGUCGGGGUAAAGCCCCAGCUCGACCAAUCUAUCAUCACCAUACUAAACGUGUCCAAAAGCUCGGUGAUGGAGUCCGCCAACGGUAAAGUGCGGAGAUCGUCGGUGGAAUCAAACGGCUCUAGAGCAUCGGCCGCAUCCCCCAGGAACUCGAUGGGCUCAAACGGAUUCAGUCUCCCGCUUUCGUUACUCCUGGAUAUCAACUCGUUAUCACUAUAUGAGUUGCUCAAAAUUGUCCUCACAAAGGCGAUUUACUACUACAGUCAAAGCACUUCCGAUCUAGAGAAUAUGGUGCCCGAUGUCGUCUACAUUGAAUGCAUCUUGCGCAAAAUCGGUCUCAUGGUGGGAACCAGGGUUGGUUCUGUUGAUGACCCCGUCAUGGAGCUCGUUCUUCACCGCGAAACAUCCGACUCAAGUGCGUUUCUGAACCAGGACAUCUUUUGCGAUAUCGACAAAAUCUUUCUGCUCCAAUUGGUUGACUUGGAUGUUUUGGACCAGUGCAAAAUAUUCUCAUUCGUUGCCAGUGUCUAUCGCAGUUUGCGAUUUUACCGAAAAGAGGCCUUUAUCAUGAGGUUCCAACUAAUAGCACUAAUGCCGAAACUCGGCAAUCACAACCAGAUUGCAAAUGUAAAAGAGCUGUUGGAAAGAAUUUUUCAUCUUUAUGGGAUAACGGCGUCACCCGAGAGUUCAGCUCGCGAUGCAAAACUCCAUUCUCAGGGCAGGUGGACCUCUUUACAGAUCCAAGUACUCAAAUUGGCGCUAAACAUUGCCGAACUUUCAAACGACGAUGAAAUGUUAUCGGGGCUUUGCAUCUUGACCUUGACCAGAUUUUCACAUUGCCUUCCUGUCGACGACCAGAAUAAAUUGCGCACCAAGAUUGAAGAGCGCAUCAAAUCAUGCAAAGUGCCUUAUUGGGACCCCUUUUUAGUCCGCAAGGUGAAGUUUGUUUCAACAAGAUUGAAGGAGCAAAUGAUGCCAUUUGAAAACCAUAACCACCAACACGGCCAAGCGGCCGAGGGUAACUCGGAAGCAUUCUUUGACCCUUACAAUGUCAAGCCUGAGGUAACCCACGUUAACCGCAUUGUCGUAAAAGACGAGCUUCAUCAGUUGAAAGUCACACUACAGAACCCACUAGCUUUCGAGAUCGAGAUCAAUGACCUUGAAGUUGCCUGUAAAGGUGUCAAAGUGGUGACUCUUAAAGAUUUAACCCAAGUUGCCAAUCUUCAGCAGCCGGCAUCAAAUAUAAACUCGCCGGUGUUUAGUAAGCUCCGAACAGCGAAAAAAACCCCAACUCUUGGAUCUGCAGCAGUCAAACCAACCCUUGUCAUUCCGCCAUUUUCUGUUGAACAAAUCAUGGUGACGUUCAAAGCAUUGGAGGUGGGAGAGUUGGAGAUCGAAGGGUUCUAUGCGCUGGUUUGUUGUUGCGAAAAACAGUUUUUCCCAAUCAUUGACAAGGAGGUUGUCCAUUCCUCGUUUCGAUUCGAGUCCGAGGCUGAAAAUAAUGAUAUCAAUAAUGAUCACAAUAACAACACUAAUAACAACAAUAAUAGCAAUAGCAAUGGUAAUGCUAAUGGUAAUGGUAAUUCAAAUAAUGAUACUACUCACAAUAAUAGCAAGGAGGCUGCGAUAGACGUUUUGUUUGCCAACUUGAAACUGCACGAUCUCGAGACCCGCGCCUUGCACCGCACUUUGCCCUUGACGGUGAUCAAGCCCCAGCCGUCUUUGCAGUUGAAAGAAAUUCUGCUUUCCAGCGGCUGGGUUAUGCUUUUGGAAGGCGAAAGUGUCGAUUUUACCGUGACUUUGGUCAACGAUUCGCACGAAUCAAUCAACUACUUGUCAUUUUCAUUUUGGGAUUCCGCCAUUGAUGUUUUAAACAGACGGCUCAGGCAGAUGAAUUUGCACGCGGCCGAGGUUUACGAUGUAGAAUGGCAGUUGCUCAACUUCAAGUCUUUUAAAAUCAAAAACAAGGGCAUCAUUGGGGAGACAAUCAGGCCCAUGGAGGAACUCACCAUCGAAUAUGAGGUCACCGGUAGAAAGAUGAUGAAGGAGCUGCGGAUCACAUUGGAUUACGCCCACAGAUCGCACAAGCAAUCCUAUAUCAAGCAGUUGGACAUUGCGUUGAAUGUAACGGUUAUGCCCAGUAUUGAAAUUGUCGGUUGCGAUAUCGUCCACUUGUUUUCCAAAGCCACGAUGCUCAACGGCAAUCUCCCUGACGUAGUCAAGCCUGCUCAGGUGUUUUGCAAUUUGCACGAGGUCAAUGAAGCUGAGUAUUGUUUGCUAGUGUUGGACUUGAGAAAUUCCUGGAGCGAUGAUUUACAGUGCUUUUUAAAGUACGAGUCAUUCAAGGUUAACUAUAUUAUUGAAAAUAACAAAACCACACGGUUUAUCUUGCCGAUGAAGAAAAUCUCCACGCAAGUCGAGAGCAAGCCCGUCCCUUCGCUUCGGAAAAAGCAAUUCAUCAAGGACUACAGCUUAACUGAAGCCGAAGAGGAACAGAUGAGAAAAAUGUUUUGGUUGAAACAGGAUAUUUUGAACAAGUUGGAGGGAACAUGGAAGACUGUCGAGGGUAAAAAGCAGAAGCAGGGGGUCGUUGAUUUCCGAGGACUCAAAAUGACACCAAGAAUGGCGAGAAUUGUUGUCCGCAAUGACGUCACAGUGGAAACGCACUUAUUGUCAAAUAAUGAGGAAGUAGUUGAACCUGGCAAUUUGAAAGUUGACGAAUACUACAUUCUCCGCACCACCAUUCGAAACGACUCAAGUGAGGAAAUUCGAGGGCGUCUUCGCCAGCUCCCAUUGGCGGAUACCGACAACCCUGAUCGGCAAGUUUCCACGGACCGGAAGAUACUAAUAGAAGGAAGCUUGCACAAGAUGAGUCCCUUGGUUCCGCAGCAGUCUAGCGUAGUCAUGGAUGUGAGUUUCACCAUCAUUGAGCGCGGCGAGUAUGAAUGGAGGACAAUCUUUGACUUUGGGAAAUGCCAAAGCCUGAAACCAAUUGACAUCGUUGUUUUGUGA